CCUUAUGGGAGCUGAGCGCAUGCCUGUUGCCUGGGGGUUCAUGCUUACUGUUAAUGCUGUCAGCUGCUUUGGACCACCUUUUGCUGGCUGGAUGAAUGACAUGACUGGGAGUUACAACCUGGGCUUCAUAGUGGCGGGUGCUCUGAAUGUUGCAGCAUGCUUUGUUUUAGCUAUCAUACCAUGUGCCCAGCGAUCUAGACAGACACGUAAGAGCAUCAUCAAUGUCACCAUUGAUCAAAACAACGAGAUCAAGGAGUGGACUGAGGAUAUUCUCCCUUUCACAGUGGGUGAUCCACCAGCUUCUACUUACGUGAACUACUUGUCCAGGACCAAGUUUCGCUGUCCAGAACUGAGUGAUUCAGGACCAUCUUUGUCAGAUGCCCCUGAGGAGACUCAAAUAUAGGACACCUGCUAGAAAAAAGGCCUGGUAAUAGCAUGUGUGCGAUUAAAUUAUUUGAAUGAAAAAAGUUAUUUUUGUGUCAGAAAAAAAUAGCAGUAAUGUAGCUGUUAUUAUAUCCUUAUUUAAAAAGACAGUACCAGCAAUGUCCACUAGGUGACAGUAUUUACUUUCUGGGAGUGUAAAGUACUGAGGUGUAAUGGAGAUUACAUCCUAAAUUUGAUCUGAAAUAAAUUAUCCGAAUAUAUGCA